CUCUCGCCUCCCGGGCCGCGCGGCCGGAGCUGGCACGAAGGAGCGGCGGCAGCGGCGGCGGCUUCGGGCAUCGCGGCUUGGGGACGCCGGCGCUCCGCUGGACACGGCGUCCCCGAGAGCGUCCUCCGCGCGCGGACCUGCCUCCCGCGGUCCCGGGCGGCCCGGGGACGUCCGGCGUUCCCCGAGGGCAAGCGUGUCCGCGCGGGGUGGGGACCAGCGCGGGGCUGCAGCCUGUUGGAGCUCGGGGAGCGCGGGGUCCGGGGCUCUAGGGCUCCGGGGACCCUGCGCGGAGCCGCACGGCCAGGCCUCCUGCGCACCGCAGUUCUCUCCAACUCCCCGCCUCCGCCGCAUCGGGGCCCAGCGCCGCCGGAGGACCCUGUCCGGAUCUGCGAAGAAAGGAAUGUCAUGAAAAAGGAACAGAAAAGAGCCGUCAUUGUUGGUGAAAGGGGAGUUUUCUUUCCCCACUGGUGGUUACUUCAUGAUUGGAAGAGAUGUACCUAGGUGGCUGAAGAGAUUAGAUUUUUCUAGCUGUACAGAUGAAGCUGAUAAAAGAAGACAUGAAAAUGCUUCCUCUGGGUCAUAAUAGGCUGAUAAGUAAGAAGGCCUGAAAAAGACAGAUUUGAAAUGAGGGCAGGAAUUUUGAGAUUUUUAAAACCAGGUAGGACUUUGGACACUUAUUGAGGAUGUUUUUCUCCCAAAAACGAAGAAGAAAAAAUUUUCAAAGCCAGAAGUGUAAAAAGUUGAGAAGAAAAACAACCGAAUCCACCCCAAGGAUUUCAGACUUUGUCGCUUUCUUUGGGUAGACACACACACAAGGACAUCACCCACGUUUGGUGAUUUUAUUUCCGGCGAUGGUUUCCUAUGCUAGGAAUGACUUCAUUUGGAGUUUGGAGUGCUUUUUUCUUCCUUUUUCUUUUUCUUUUUCUUUUUAAACAGUGUGUGUUUUGACACUUCAUGUUAAAUUUAUGCAAAGGAAGUAAAUCCUAAAGUCAUAGUAUGUUUGAGUCUGUAUAUCACUGUUUGCUCUGUGAUAUGGAAAAACUAGAGGAUUUAACAUUCCUUGAAAUUUUAUUGGAAGUGAAACUGUGUUAGAGACGCAGAUAUACAGUGUAAGUUUUCUCUUUUUGGCAAUCGUAUUUGCUUUGAAGGAGCAACUAUCAUCUGGAUUUCACAGCAUAAGCGAUUUAUAGUCUUUGUUUUAUCAAGGCCUUAAAUGGGUGUUUUAUACUGAGCAGAUGGGAACCACAUUGAGCACUCUGUUUGACAUGAUUGCCUAAGGAAAGGAACUCCCUGAUGGAUCAUGGCGUUAAUGUUUACAGGACAUUUCUUAUUUUUAGCAUUAGUGAUGUUUGCUUUCUCAACUUUUGAGGAAUCUGUAAGCAAUUACUCUGACUGGGCAGUUUUUGCAGAUGAUAUAGAUCAGUUUAAGACACAGAAAGUGCAAGAUUUCAGAUCCAACCAAAAGCUGAAAAAAAGUAUGCUUCAUCCAAGUUUAUAUUUUGAUGCAGGAGAAAUCCAAACAAUGAGACAAAAGUCUCGCACAAGCCAUUUGCAUCUUUUUAGAGCUAUUAGAAGUGCAGUGACAGUCAUGCUGUCCAACCCAACAUACUACCUACCUCCACCCAAGCAUGCUGAUUUUGCUGCCAAGUGGAAUGAAAUUUAUGGUAACAAUCUGCCUCCUUUAGCACUGUACUGUUUGUUAUGCCCAGAAGACAAGGUUGCCUUUGAAUUUGUCUUGGAAUAUAUGGACAGGAUGGUUGGCUACAAAGACUGGCUAGUUGAGAAUGCACCAGGGGAUGAGGUCCCAGUUGGCCAUUCCUUAACAGGCUUUGCCACUGCCUUUGACUUUUUAUAUAACUUACUAGAUGAUCAUCGAAGACAAAAAUACCUGGAGAAAAUAUGGGUGAUUACCGAGGAAAUGUAUGAAUAUUCCAAGGUCCGCUCAUGGGGCAAACAACUUCUUCAUAACCACCAAGCUACUAACAUGAUAGCACUGCUCACCGGGGCCUUGGUGACUGGGGUAGAAAGAGAACCUAAAGUAAAUUUAUGGAAACAAGUUGUAGUAGAUGUGAUGGAAAAGACCAUGUUUCUGUUGAAUCAUAUUGUUGAUGGUUCUUUGGAUGAAGGUGUGGCAUAUGGGAGCUACACAGCUAAAUCAGUCACACAGUAUGUCUUUCUGGCCCAGCGCCAUUUUAACAUCAACAACUUGGAUAAUAACUGGUUAAAAAUGCACUUUUGGUUCUAUUAUGCCACCCUUUUACCGGGCUUCCAAAGAACUGUGGGUAUAGCAGAUUCCAAUUAUAAUUGGUUUUAUGGUCCAGAGAGCCAGUUGGUUUUCUUGGAUAAGUUCAUCUUAAAGAAUGGAGCUGGAAAUUGGUUAGCUCAGCAAAUUAGAAGGCACCGACCUAAAGAUGGACCAAUGGUCCCCUCCACUGCCCAGAGGUGGAGUACUCUUCACACUGAAUAUAUCUGGUAUGAUCCCCAGCUCACCCCACAGCCUCCUGCUGAAUAUGGUACUGCAAAGAUGCACACAUUCCCUAACUGGGGUGUUGUUACUUAUGGGGCUGGGUUGCCAAAUACCCAGACCAAUACCUUUGUGUCUUUUAAAUCUGGGAAACUAGGAGGUCGAGCUGUGUAUGACAUAGUUCACUUUCAGCCAUACUCCUGGAUUGAUGGGUGGAGAAGCUUUAACCCAGGACAUGAGCAUCCAGAUCAGAACUCAUUUACUUUUGCUCCCAAUGGGCAAGUAUUUGUUUCCGAAGCUCUCUAUGGACCUAAGUUGAGCCACCUUAACAACGUAUUGGUGUUUGCGCCAUCACCCACGAGCCAGUGUAAUAAGCCCUGGGAAGGUCAACUGGGAGAAUGUGCACAGUGGCUCAAGUGGACCAGUGAGGAGGUUGGUGACGCAGCAGGGGAAAUCAUUACUGCCUCUCAACACGGGGAAAUGAUAUUUGUGAGCGGGGAGGCAGUGUCUGCUUACUCUUCAGCAAUGAAGCUAAAAAGUGUGUAUCGCGCUUUGCUUCUCCUAAAUUCUCAAACUUUGCUAGUUGUCGAUCACAUUGAGAAGCAAGAUGAUUCCCCAAUAAAAUCUGUCAGUGCCUUCUUUCAUAAUCUGGAUAUUGAUUUUAAGUACAUCCCAUAUAGGUUUAUGAACAAGUAUAAUGGUGCCAUGAUGGACGUGUGGGAUGCACACUACAAAAUGUUUUGGUUUGAUUACCAUGGCAAUAGCCCCGUUGCUAGUAUACAGGAAGCAGAGCAAGCUGCUGAAUUUAAGAAACGGUGGACCCAGUUUGUUAACGUUACGUUUCAGAUGGAAUCCACAAUCACAAGAAUUGCAUAUGUCUUUCAUGGGCCAUAUGUCAAUGUUUCCAGCUGCAGAUUUACUGAUAAUUCCAACUCUGGACUUCAGAUUUCUCUCAACGUCAACAAUACUGAACAUGUUGUCUCCAUUGUAACUGACUACUACAACCUGAACACAAGAUUCAGUUACCUGGGAUUUGGUGGCUUUGCCAAUGUGGCUGAUCAGGGCCAAAUCACCCGAUUUGGUUUGGGCUCUCAAGCAAUAGUAAGGCCCGUAAGACAGGAUAAAGUUAUUUUCCCCUUUGGAUUUAAAUUUAAUAUAGCAAUUGGGUUGAUUUUGUGCAUUAGCUUGUUGAUUUUAACAUUUCAGUGGCGGUUUUACCUUUCUUUUAGAAAGCUAAUGCGAUGGAUCCUAAUACUUGUUGUUGUCUUGUGGUUUAUCGAGCUCCUGGAUGUGUGGAGCACUUGCACUCAGCCCAUCUGUGCAAAAUGGGCAAGGACGGAGAUGGAGGCCAGCACUAAGUCUGUGUCUUCCCAAGGGCACCACGUUGAUCGUCCCGAUGUUGUCAUUACCUCACUUCCUGGUUCAGGAGCUGAAAUUCUCAAACAACUAUUUUUCAACAGUAGUGAUUUUCUCUACAUCAGGGUUCCCACAGCCUACAUUGAUAUCCCUGAGACGGAAUUUGAAAUUGACUCCUUUGUAGACGCCUGUGAAUGGAAGGCAUCAGAUAUCCACAGUGUGCAUUUCCGUCUACUCCGAGGCUGGCUGCAGUCUUUAGUCCAAGAUACAAAACUGCAUUUGCAAAACAUUCAUCUGCAUGAAUCCAGUAGGGGUAAACUGGCCCAAUAUUUUAUAGUGAAUAAGGACAAGAAAAGAAAAUCGAAGAGGAGAGAGUCUUUGUCAGAACAAAGAAGUAGAAUGAAAGGCGCCUUUGAUAGAGAUGCUGAAUACAUUAGGGCUUUGAGGAGACACCUGGUUUACUUCCCGAGCGCACGGCCUGUGCUCAGUCUAAGCAGUGGGAGCUGGACCUUAAAGCUUCAUUUUUUUCAGGAAGUUUUGGGAUCUUCGCUGAGGGCAUUGUAUGUAGUAAGGGACCCUCGGGCGUGGAUUUAUUCAAUGCUGUACAGUAGCAAACCAAGUCUUUACUCUCUGAAGAAUAUACCAGAGCGCUUAGCUAAACUGUUUAAAGUAGAGGGAGGUAAAGGCAGAUGUAGCUUAAAUUCGGGCUAUGCUCUGGAGUAUGAAUCAUUAAGGAAAGAAUUAUCAAAACCCAAGUCCAACGCAGUCUCCUUGUUGUCUCAUUUGUGGUUGGCACACACAGCAGCAGCCCUGAGAAUAAAUGCAGAUUUGCUACCUACCAGCUACCAGCUGAUCAAGUUUGAAGAUAUUGUGCAUUUCCCCCAGAAAACCACUGAAAGGAUUUUUGCCUUCCUUGGCAUCCCUUUGUCUCCUGCUAGUUUAAACCAAAUAUUGUUUGCCACUUCCACGAACCUUUUCAAUCUUCCCUAUGAAGGGGAAAUAUCACCAAGUAAUACUAAUGUUUGGAAACAAAACUUGCCUAGAGAUAAAAUUAAACAGAUUGAAAACAUCUGCUGGACACUGAUGGACCGUCUAGGAUACCCAAAGUUUAUGGACUGAGUGCUGCAGCAAUGUCAAGGUGAAUUUUCCUGUCCCUGUACUCACCCCCUCCUGCCCCAAGGGAAAGUUUACUGAAAGAGAAGACCUAUUUGCAGAUGCUCCUGUGAGGAAUAUUCUAUGUGGAGAGGCAUUGAACAUACAUGAUAUGUUCAUGCUUGGGGACCCCUGCCUUGUCAUCUCAAUACCUAAGGUGACUGACCCUCCCCAAACACCCAGGUCCUACACUCUUAGGAUGUUACCUAGGAAAAAAUUUGACCAGAUUCUACACUUACUCUUAUCAUCUUAAAAAUAAAGCAGCAAUGAUCACUAUUGUGACGCUUCCAAAAGAAACAAAAUGUCCUCUGUAAAUUCGAUCUCUUCAUUAAAUUCCCCAAACUUCAGUCCAGUUGAGAUAAAAGCCUUUAUUAAAAUAAGAGCAUUUAAGUCUUGAAACUUGGAAAGAAUGUGUUUUGCUGGCACAAGUAACAUAAGUAAGUAUAGUGAUAAUCUGUUUUUCCAAAGUGGAAUAAUGUUAAUUACUCAUUUUGGAUGGAAUGUGCUCUACCCAGAGUUGAAUUUACUGUAAUAAAAAUUCCAGGAAGGAUAGGAAAUGGGAGAAUCUGUUCAGGAGAAAAAAAGAUAAAUCUAUGAAUGCGGUUUAAUUUCUAUAAACCUGGAGAGGCACAAGUUUUAAGCAGAUGACACAAGGAUGCAUACAUAUUAGGCCUAGACCCCAUAUAUUGGACAUUUGAUUGACAUUUUUAUUUAGACAGGAAGAAGUAGUAAAUGCCUGGCAAGAAUGGGAUGGUUAUGUCAAAUUCCUAGGCAUGGAAGAGGACUGGCCCCAUCACCCGCAGUGAAUAUAUUCAAACAAGAACUACUCCACACACACGUAUGUUUUGUUUCUUCUGUGGAUGUGCUACCCUCUUUUGGCCACUUGUAAUUUAUGUCAUUUGUCAGUAGAGUUUGGGGUGCAUCAUCAUAGAUCCCAGACAGUCCUGAUAUAUAAAGAAUAUCACAUUCAAUUUUCUAUGAGUAAAUAUUAACAAUGAUUUAAAAAAUUGCUAUGUUUGAUCAUAAACUAGUACAUUGGGACUACAUGUAUAACAAGACUCCUCUCUUACUAAAUAAAAAGCUAUAAGCAAGUUGGCCAUGGUUGGGAUAAUUUGUGAUAGCCCUCUUCUUUAGGUCUUGGGUAACUGUUAGGAUUCUGUAUGGAGCUGAGAAGGCAGACAAUGGGAAAUACAGUUGAAUAUUGACAUAUAGUCCUACACUUUCAGCCACUAAACUUGCAACAUUCAGUGGUGGGCAAGCCUUGCUUCUACUCUUCUAAUUUAAUUCCAAGUUCUUUCUCUGACUUGCACCGUCUUCUGCAUUCAUCUUCCCAACUUACUAAAUGGCAAGAACAUCCCUAUACUAUGUAUUUGCGCUCUCUAUCUGUCCCUCCUGCCACUGGUAAGAUCUUCUAGUAUUAUCUCUCUAGAAAGAGGUUCUUGCAGGUUGCUUGAGACAUUCUAAGUCAGUGGUGCAUGAGGUUGGCACAGGGAAGACUUUUUUUUUAAAGGGAUGUAGCAUCUAUCAUGAAUUAAUCUCAAUGUGUGCUACAAAUUGAACCAUAAGUUUUCAUGUAUCUCAUUACAAUCCUCACAAGAACUCUCUAUGAUACUUAUUUACAGAUAAAUUUGAAAUCCAUAUUAUCUCUAUGGGGAAUAUGCUUUGUGAAAUAAUGUUGAGUGAAUUUACAAUUAAUUCAUUGUUUACCAUACUUUUUUUUAGCUAUGUCCAGGUAUUGAUUAGCAUGAGGGAAGAACACAAAAAUUGGUUGACUAUGACCCUACUCUGUAGGGAAUUGGCAAUCUCUAGAGACUUCAGAAUUUAUCAAGGGGAAGAGAGGCAGGCAGGUAGAGAUGACCACUGGAUGAAAGGCAUCAGAAAGUCUUAUCUGUCCUGUAGUUGACACGGUUUAUUUGUUUCUGAAACUGCGGUUAUGAGGGAAGAGUAGUUUAAAGAGGGAGUUUUUGGUAAAUUUGGAUAGAGAUCACCACCUAUUCUUAUUUAGGUUUUGACUCUAUAGUUGGCAAUGACACCUGCCAUUGAUUUCCAAAGAGACAUGCAAAUAGAACAGAAGCACUGGCACUUGCCCUCUUCCUAUUGCCUCUCACUCAACUUCCCCAGCACAUUUACUACAAAGAAAUUCGGCCCGUCACUGAAUGCCAAUGCCCUGAAGAGCACAUGGUCUGCGGAGUUCAUGCUGGUUAUUGCUGGUAAUGACAGGAAGAAUAACUCAGUGUAUUUCAUCUUAUUCACUUUAAUGCCAUACAUACCAAAGGAUUAUCUCAAAAAUUAAUCUAUGUACAAUAAUGUUUUCCUGGUAAUUCACAUGUCAUUCACACAUAUAAUUUGGGUUGGACUAAAAGUACCUUAUCCUCUGCUUGGUGCUUUGUACAUUUGGAUGCUUUCUGUCUUCCAUGGCUGUAGGUGAGGACCCAGGAGCAAAUCCCAGAGCCUCCAGCCAGAAACUCAGCCUCCCAAUGAAAAGUACACCUCUGCAUUGGGACCAAAUGCCACAGACCUGUGAGAGUGGGGCUCAUACUCUUUAUAGACAGGGGUUCCUUUGCUAUGGUUGGGUUUUUUUUGGCUAUUGCUGUCCACACCCUGCUAUGGUUCACUGUAUGUGAAUUAGAAAACACUAUUGUGUUGAUCCUGGAGUAUGCCAGCUCUGCUGCACCUGUAUAUCAGACCGUAGGCAUUAUGGAUAUGCAAAAUAGGUUCCUCUGUGAUAUUGAUCAGUUUCUGUGGCCAGAGGUGGGACUUAGCAUCAGAAUUCAUAUACUCACACAUUCUAUAAUCUGGUGCCAGGCAUCAAAGAUCUGAAAGAUAUUAAAAUGAACACAAGUAGACAUGUCAUCUACUCUGAGAAAAUGCACAAUUAAUUCUGACUUUCCAUGAUCACAUUUUCCUGUUUCCACCAACUACCCAAGAGGUGAAUGUUUAUCCUGCAUGUUCUGUUUACCAUUCCCUGGAUUGUCUUUAUAGCUCCACCAUACACGUCUCUCCUUAUCAACGUAUUGUAGAGUUUUUCAUGUUUUGCAACUUUUUGUAAACAGUAACAUAUUGCAUAUAUUAUUGUGCAACUUGCUUUGCUUUGCCCAAAAUUUUGUCUAAUGCAUCUUGAUUUUGUAGGUGGCCGCUUAUUUUCAACUUGGUAGUGUUCCAUUAUAUGUUCUAGAUAUAAGAAUGUUCUGUCUUUUGUUUGUACCCAGAACCUUCCCACCCACUCCCACCCCAGCCUCCUCCCUAGUAUAUGUAUCCAGGGCUGAAAGCUCACCCUUGGCUAUUCUAGACAAUGCCAAGGUAUUAUUUCUCAGAUUGUCUGUACCAAUUGACACUCCAGCCAUCAUAGGAAAGUUUCUGUUGUUCCCAAUGUUCUCUUGUACUUGACAGUUUCAGAGUUUUUAAUACUUUCCUGUCUGGGUAUCACAUUUUUGUUUUCAUUUGCACUUUCUGACUAUUAAUGACAUAUAGCCUAUAUGCACCUGAGCAUGAGCACAUGCACAUGUAUAGUCAUGUUUUCCAUCUGUAGUUUGUAAAAUGAAGUCCAUGUUCUUGUCUUUUAUCCAUUUUUCGAGUUCAUUUUUUCUUAUUAAUGCAUUGAAGUUUGUCAUAUAUUAAUAAUAGACUUUUUGUUAUAUGUGCUAUGAAUAACUUCUUUGCUUCUAUUUUCAUGAUCUUUGUACUAUGAUUUGUGUAAUCUAUUUCGCUACACAGGUGUCUUUGAUUUGAAUGUAAGCAAAUAUGUCAGUGUUUUCUUUUAUUAUUUAUAGUUUUUUGUCUUAUUAAAGAAUCUUUUCCAGAGUCUUGGCACUAUAAAUACCCUCCUCUAUUUUCCUCUAAACCUUUUAAUACUUUUAUUGGAUGUCUAUUGCUGUAUAACAAAAUUACCACAAACUUAAUGGCUUAAAACAACACAAUGAUUAUGUCAGAGUUCCUGUGGGUAGGAAUCCAUGUGUUCAGUCUUUCACAAGGCUGCCAUCAGGCUGCUGGCUGGCACUGGAAACUCAUCUGACACUCACCUGGAGAAGCAUCUGCUUCCCAGCUCCUUGGUUAUUGGCAAGAUCCAGUUCCUCGUGGGUUCUUGGACUAAAAGCCUUAGUUCUUUUCUAGCUUUUGGCUGAAGACCACCCUUAGUCAUGACCACAUGUGCUUCUCCGUAUGACAGUUUACUUCAUGAAAGCCAGGAUGGGAGCGAAUCAGUAAAGGAACUACUAACUACUAUAACAAUGUAGCUCAAUUGGAAGUGACACCCAAUCAGCGUUGGUUAGAAGCAAGUCACAGGUCCUCACACCGAAGGGAUUAUAUAAGAUCAUGAAUACCAGGUGUAACAAUGGGGGGUCAUUUUAGAGCUUAUCUGCCAUAGAUUUUUGUCUUUUAAUAUUUCAGGAUUUAAUCUGCUUUAUGUAAAUUGUUGUGUUGAUUCUGAAUUUUUUUUCCUUAUGAAUAAACCUGUUAUCCUAGACUGAAAAGAUUGAAACCCCUUUCUUUCCCACUACCUUUCAAUGCUAUCACUACAACAUACCAGGUUGUCUAUUUUGUAUGAGUCUAUUUCUGAGCUCUCUACUUUAUUCCACUAGCAAAUUUGAUAAAGCCACUGACAAUACCACACUGUCUUAAUUACUAUAGUCAUUUUGUUAGCCUUGAAAUAUGGCAAGGCAAGGCUUUUUAUUUUCUUUUUCCUCAUUUUGUCUUAGAUUUUCUUAAGCCUUUAUUCUUCCAUGUGCAUAGUUUGCACAGUUUCUCAAAGCUUACAAACAAGGUACAUGUUCAUUGUAAAUGCAUUAAAUCAACUUUGAGAGAAUUGACCUCUUUACAUUAAUUAAUCUCUGUUCAUGAGCAUGGUAUGUCUCUCCUAUAUAAUACUUAUUAAUCCUUUGAUAGAUGUCUCUGAGCACUUUAUAUUGUUAUUACAGUAGAUGACAUUUGUUAAUUAUAUGUUCAAUUAUAUAUAGAAAAAGAAUUGAUUUUUGUGUAUUUGUAUUAUAUCAGGGACCUUAUUAAUUUUUCUUACUAAUUUAAUAAUUGACUUGUAAAUUCUUUUGAAAUAAAUGGUUUUGCAAUGGUAAUUUAUGAGAAUUAUGGUAUUUCCUUCCUCUUACUCGUAACUUUUUAAUGUUCUUACUGCAUUUGUUAGGACCUCCUGUAAAAUUCUGAAAGGGUUUGGUGAUAGUGAGUGUUCUUGUACCGUUCCUAUGAGAAUGGAGAGCUUCCAGAUAUCACCACUGAGGGAUGGAUGCGGUGUGUAUUUCAUAGACUCACCUUAUCUGGAUGUGGUACUCCUUUCUAGUCCUGCUUUGGUAAAUGACUUCUUAUCAUCAAUGUAUAAUAGGAUUUAUUCAGUGCUUCUGAUGCAUUUAUUGUGAUAGUUGUAUGUUUAUUUGCCUAUAUCUGUUAGUGUGAAAAUAUCUGUAUUAUAUGAAAAAAAAUAUUUUAUUUUGAGAUUAAAUCAAACUUGGUUGGCUAUGAUAAAAUCAGCCUGAGAGUGAUUCAUUAUAUUUGUGUAUGUAGCUGGAUUGAGUUUGUUAAUAAUCAAUUGAAGAUGUUUACAUCAACCUUUGUCAUUUUCUCAUACUGUACUGAUCUAAUUUUGAAGUCAACACUUCUUUCACAUAAAAUAAGUUGAAGAUGUUCUAUUUUUCUAUUCUGUAGAAGUGUUUGUGUAAGAUUGGAGUGAUCUAAUACUAGAAUGUUUGUUACAACUCAUUUUUAAACCAGCUGACUGUUGUGUUUUCUAUGUGUGAACAUUUUGACUAUGUGUACAAUUUGAUGGUGAUAGGCUUAUUUUAUUUAGCUCGCCUAUUUAAUUUGAAGCCUAUUUUUGGCAAGUUAUGUUUUGAAAGAAUUUGUUCUUCUUUUUAAAUUUUCCACAUUUAUUGACCUAAAUUUGCUCAAAAGGCAUUCUGCUGCCCCUCUUAUUUCCCAUCUUCCCACCCCCUGGUUCAUCGCUGCUUUGUUCAGCUGUGUCCAUAGGGGUGUGAAAGAAAUGGGAAGCUGGAUUGGCCAGAUGGUUGUUGUUUGAUUGUGAGAUGACAGAAGAAAAGAGUGUGAGGGGAGUUGUUUGCAGGUACUCAGUACAGAAAGUAAAAGAGGCUCAUGAGAAACCCAGGAGACACUGUUGUAAAGGAUUUAGAUUCUAGUGGCGCCAAAGACUGUUGGAGUGGACAUCCUCCCUGGCAAGAAUAUGGGAAGGAAGCAAUGCUCAAAGAAUAUAACCCAUGGAUUUGAGAUCAUUGAAAUUAUUGCUAAUAAAUCUAGGGCAGCAACUCUAAAACUCUUUUGGGAACACUUUGUACUCUUAAAAAUUAUUGAGUGCUCACAAACCUUUUUGCUGUAUAUGCAUGAAGCCAAUAUUUAAUAUAUUCUACCUCAGAACUGAGGAUUUUUAAAUAUUCAUUUAUAGGUUUAUUUUUAAAAUGACACCAAUAAAGCCAUGAUAGCAUGAUAUGCCAUAGCAUUAUUAUCUGUUAAAAAUGACUGUAUUUUUCAAAAGCAAAACAGUUGUGAAAGAGUGUCACCAUAUUACAUUUUUACAAAUGAUCUUAAAAGUUUGGCUGUUAGACUACAC